AUGGGCCAUCUCGAAACUGGAGUUGAGGUCAUCGAUCUCGAGUCAGACGACGAUGAUCUGGAGAUAACGGCGUCUUCGAAGGCUGAUCGUCAGUCCGAUAAGAAUCGAGCCAUUUUAAAGCAUGAGAAGCGUACGGACUUCUCUCCGGAAUAUCUCUCUACUUCUAGGAAUCCUAAAGCAGAGCAACGAGACAACGUUCCGCGCUUAUUCUCGAGCGAUACUGUCAAGGCCAACGAAGAGAGUGAUGAUGAAUUCAAUGACGGGGAGACAGCGUACAAAAAGUUCAAGGAGCGCAAGGCCGUUAAGCGCAAGCAGAUUGCGGCUGCGACUCGACGAGCGAAAACACCAAAGAGACAAGCCCACGGCCAGCAAAUCGUCGGUCUGGUGAAGCCAGAGCGCACACCCGCGCGGCCUAAACGACCGUUGGAGGACAACGGCGAGGUUUCUUCUGAAGAUGAGUUGAUGGAGUAUACUCUUCCUGAUUAUCUGAAAAAUCGAAGACUUCAAUUCGAUCGACAUCGACAAAGUCUCAAUGAUUCCGGGUUGAGAUUACCUCCCUCGUACGAUGAUGUCGACUUCUCGGAUGAUGAGCGUCUCGAACAUUUACAGGAGAGACCCGCGUUCCCAGACCGAUCUCCUGCGAGAGAGUACAAGGACGUCACUUUGCCAUAUUCGCUAGGCCUAAUUCCAGCGCCGAUUGCACAAUGGCUAAGACCAUAUCAAAUCGAGGGCGUGGCUUUCAUGCAUGAACUGUUUGUCUAUCAGAAGGGAGGUAUACUCGGUGAUGACAUGGGCUUAGGCAAGACCAUCCAAGUGAUUGCCUUCCUGACGGCAGUCUACGGCAAGACUGGAGACGAGCGGGACUCGAAACGUAUGCGCAAGAUGCGAAGGUCCGGCGACGGAACGUGGUAUCCACGUACCAUUAUCAUCUGCCCUGGGACUCUGAUCUCAAAUUGGAUGUCUGAGCUUCAGCGCUGGGGUUGGUGGCACGUCGAUGUCUACCACGGUAGUAGCAAGGAUAUUGCCCUGCAUGCUGCAAAGUCGGGUCGGGUCGAAAUCCUCAUCACCACUUAUACGACUUAUGUGAACAACAAGGACUCGGUGAAUAUGAUCGAGUGGGAUUGCGUCAUUGCGGAUGAAUGCCACAAGAUCAAGGAGCGAAAGUCCGAAACCACGCAGGCCAUGAAUGAGAUCAACUCGCUCUGCCGAAUCGGCUUGACUGGAACGGCCAUCCAGAAUCGAUAUGAAGAACUCUGGACACUCUUGAACUGGACAAAUCCGGGCGUUAUUGGUCCGGUCGCAACGUGGAAAGCACAGAUCGCCGAGCCGUUGAAAAUCGGACAAUCUCACGAGGCAACCCUGAGCCAGUUGAGCCGGGCCCGAAGAACCGCGAAAAAACUGGUCGAGAAUCUGUUGCCUCAGUUUUUCCUUCGGCGUAUGAAGACCCUGAUCGCAGAUCAGCUCCCCAAAAAGAGCGACAGAGUGGUAUUCUGCCCGCUCACUCCCACUCAAGCCGAGGCCUAUGAAACCUUUUUGGACAGUGACAUCGUGACCACGAUCAAACGGUCCACGGAGCUUUGUGAUUGCUCCUCAGGCAGAAAGCGAGGAUGGUGCUGUUAUAAGGAGGUCCCCGAUACGGACAAGGCGUGGCAGUCCUUCGUCUUCCCGGCAAUUGCGGUCCUACAGAAGCUCAGCAACCAUUUAGCCAUUCUGAUCCCUCAAGGCAAUGACACAAGUGAAAAACAGGAAAAAGACAAAGAGAUGCUACAGAUCGCAUUGCCUGAUCAGUGGGAGAGUCUGUAUCGCUCACGGGACUCUAUUGUCAAUUACGCAAAUCCUGAAUUCUGUGGCAAGUGGAAAGUUCUUCGCAAGCUGCUGAGGUGGUGGCAUGCCAACGGGGACAAAGUUCUAGUUUUCUCCCACAGUGUCCGCUUGCUGAAAAUGCUGCAAAUGCUCUUCAAUCAUACGAGCUACAAUGUGAGCUAUCUUGAUGGCUCAAUGAAGUACGAAGACCGCGCCAAGGCCGUGGAUGAAUUCAACUCUGAUCCCAAUCAGUUUGUCUUUCUCAUCUCCACAAAAGCAGGUGGGGUUGGACUGAAUAUCACAUCGGCAAACAAGGUUGUCGUCGUUGAUCCCAAUUGGAAUCCUGCUUACGAUCUUCAGGCUCAGGACCGAGCCUACCGUAUCGGACAGGUCCGCGACGUGGAGGUCUUUCGUCUUGUCUCGGUUGGGACCAUUGAAGAGAUCGUCUACGCUCGACAAAUCUACAAGCAACAACAAGCCGAGAUUGGCUACACGGCCAGCUCGGAGCGGCGAUACUUCAAGGGCGUCCAAGAGAAAAAGGAUCAAAAGGGAGAAAUUUUCGGCUUGCAUAAUCUUUUCGCCUACCAGCACGACAACAUCGUUCUUCGCGACAUUGUCAACAAGACCAAUGUCGCUGAGAGUCGAGCCGGUGUUCAGGUCAUGGACAUUGAGGUCAAAGAGGAUACAGAAAGCGAUUUACUUGGUGACGGGCAUGUCAAAGCCGAAGAUGAAGCAAUGAGCCAACUGGCCGCCAUGGUUCGUGGUGAAGCAGAUGUGGAUGGUCCCAAGCCCGAACCGGCUCGCAACCGUGACCCGAUCCAAGCCAUUCUGGCUGGCGCGGGAGUCGAAUACACCCAUCUCAACAACGAAGUCAUCGGUUCAUCCCGGGUUGAAAAGAGACUCAGUCGACGCGCCGAGCAAGUGACGAACGAUGCCAAUGCAGACGCAGACUUCCAGAUCUUCGAGGCCUCUCAAAAGGAUGACGGCGGUCCCGACGCUUUCGAAGAACCGCGCCACCAGCCGCCUCCGUCUUCUCUAUUCCAGGGGCCAGAGGGGCGGAUGGUGCGAUUCAAAUACAAUCCGCCUGAAGAGGUCAAACGUCGUCAGUUUUGUAGCAUGGCGCGCCGUUUUGGGUAUGCGGACGCUACCGAGUUUGCUCUCGUGGUGGAGAAUAUGACCCAGGCCCAACGACGAGAGUGCUUAGACAAAUGGUAUGAGGAGCGGAGGAAUAUCGUGCUUUCUAAGGACGAUAAGUCUCCUUUGGAAGAAGAGCUCUGA